GUCAAGCAAACUCUGAAAUCUUCUCGUCUCUUCGAACCCGAUCCUUUUCUCCCUUUUCCACCCUCCCAUUCGUCGACGAUCGCGUCGCAGUUCUCGAAAUAUGCGGCGGUCGGCGGGAAGUCGAUGAUCGACCGAUCGAUCGAGCGGAGUAGUAGCAGUGGAAGAAGAAGAAGAAGAAGAUGUUGGAGGACAAGGUCGCCUUCUUGCUUCAGAAGUACCUCGGCAACUACGUACGCGGCCUCAGCAAGGAGGCCCUCAAGAUCAGCGUUUGGCAAGGGGAUGUGGAACUAUCAAACAUGCAAUUGAGGCCAGAGGCCCUUAAUGCUUUGAAGCUGCCUGUUAAAGUUAAAGCAGGUUUUCUUGGAUCUGUGAAGCUGAAGGUUCCAUGGAGUCGAUUGGGACAAGAACCAGUUCUGGUUUAUCUUGAUCGAAUCCUUUUAUUAGCUGAACCUGCAACACAAAUUGAAGGUUGUAGUGAAGAUGCUGUCCAAGAAGCCAAGAAGAAUCAAGUGAAGGAACUGGAAAUGAAGCUGUUGGAGAGUCAGCAGCAGCUCAAAUCUGAAAUGAAUACAUCAUGGCUAGGAUCAUUGAUUAACACUAUCAUCGGAAAUCUCAAGCUCUCCAUUACCAAUAUACAUAUAAGAUAUGAAGACACAGAAAGCAAUCCUGGCCAUCCAUUUGCAGCAGCUUUGAAACUUGCAAGGCUUUCUGCAGUGACCAUAGAUGAUUUUGGUAAGGAAACCUUUGCUACUGGUGGUGCUCUGGAUCGAAUUCAAAAGUCUGUUGAACUUGAAAGUCUGGCCUUUUAUUUUGAUUCAGAUGUUAUUCCAUGGUCUAUUGACAAGCCAUGGGAGGAUUUACUUCCUUCAGAGUGGAGUAAGAUCUUUGAACUUGAGAGAGAGAAUAUGAAAGAGCACAAUUAUAUGUUAGAACCAGUAACAGGGAAUGCAAAAUACUCUAAGCUACGACUAGAUGAAUCCAGAAGUACAGGGCAAGCGCUACAAAAAGCAGUCGUCAAUUUGGAUAGUGUUACAUUAUCUUUAUCAAAGGAUGGGUACAGGGACAUUUUGAAGAUGGCUGAAAAUUUUGCUGCCUUUAACCAGCGUUUGAGAUAUGCUCAUUAUCGUCCAUCUGUAUCGGUCAAAUCAGAUCCUAUAUCUUGGUGGAAGUAUGCUUACAAAGUGGUAACGGAUGAGACAAAGAAGGCAAGUGGAAAAUUUUCAUGGGAGCAUGUUUUGAAAUAUGCAAAGCUACGUAAGAGAUACAUCUCUCUUUAUGCUUCGCUUUUGAAAUCUGAUCUAAGCCAUAUGGUAGCGGAUGACAACAAGGAAAUUGAGGAACUAGAUCGUGAGCUUGAUAUUGAUGUAAUUCUUCAGUGGAGGAUGUUGGCACACAAGUUUGUGGAGCAGAUGGCAGAAUCAGAUCUCUCACUUAAUAAAGAGAAAGCUAAGCGGUCAUGGUGGUCGUUUGGAUGGACUGGUUCUACCAAGGAUGACAGUGAACAUAGAGGCUUCACUGAGGAAGACUGGGAGCAACUAAAUAAACUUAUUGGCUAUAAGGAAGGUUCUAAUGAUUACCAAUUGGCUGCAGAGGAGAAAGAUUUCAUUCAUCUUUAUUUGGAAAUCCACAUGAAGCACAAUGCUUCAAAGCUUGUUGCUGAUGACCAAAAGUGUCUCGCGGAGGUAUCUUGUGAAGGGAUAGAUUGUAACAUAAAAACUUAUCCAGAAGCAAAAGUUUUUGACCUUAAAUUAGGCUCCUACAAGCUCUCAUCACCUUACGGUCUCCUUGCUGAGAGUGCUACUGCUGCUGAUUCAUUAGUUGGCGUCUUUUCAUACAAGCCUUUUGAUGUUCAAGUAGACUGGAGCUUUGUUGCUAAAUCUUCUCCUUGUUAUAUAACGUAUAUAAAGGAAUCUGUCGACCAAGUUGUUGCAUUCUUCAAGAGCAGUUCGUCUAUUAGUCAGACCCUAGCUUUGGAGACUGCAGCUGCUGUGCAGAUGACAAUUGAUGGAGUCAAGCGCACUGCUCAAGAACAGAUGUCACGGGUAUUAAAGGAGCAGUCGAGGUUUUUGCUGGAUCUGGAUAUCGCUGCUCCUAAAGUUACCAUUCCCACCAAAUUCUAUCCAGAUGAUUUACAUGCAACUCAACUUCUACUUGAUUUGGGAAAUUUGACGCUCACCACAGAUGAUUACUGGGAGUGUGAUACUUCAGAAGAAAAGGAUUUAUACUUGCAGUUCAAUUUGGUGCUAAGUGAUGUAUCUGCAUUCUUAGUUGAUGGUGAUUAUCAUUGGAGCAAAACUUCUCUUGUUGUAGCUGCUGGUCAAACUAAGAAUGAUAGUUUCUUGCAAGUUAUUGAGAAGUGUGGAAUUGUCGUAAACUUUCAGCAGAUUAAACUGGAAAAUCCCUCCUAUCCAUCGACAAGACUUGCCGUGCGCUUGCCUUCAUUGGGGUUUCAUUUUUCUCCUGCUCGGUACCACCGCCUAAUGCAAGUUAUGAAGAUCUUUCAGGAGGAUAGUAUGGAAGUGGAUGUUCAACCAUGGACUCAGGCUGAUUUUGAAGGAUGGUUGUCUCUUUUAACAUGGAAGGGUGUGGGGAACAGAGAAGCUACAUGGCAGCGCAAGUACUUCUGUCUAGUUGGUCCAUUUCUUUACAUAUUGGAGAAUCCUACAUCAAAAACAUAUAAACAAUAUCUCAGUUUACGGGGGAAACAGGUACAUCAAGUUCCUACAGAGUUCACCGGUGGCGUGCAGAAUGUGCUAGCAGUGUAUGAUGCUGGACAAUACAAUUCCAAGGUGGUGGAAGAUACCAACGCAUUAAUCUUACUAUGUGAUGAUAAUGAAGAUUUGAGAACAUGGCAGAAACGUCUUCAGGGAGCAAUUUAUCGUGCAUCUGGCCCUGCUACAAUAAGCAGCAUAUCUGAAAUUUCUUCUCCAGCUGAAACUACUAAAGGCAAAUCUUAUGAUAUUGCUCCAACGUUAGAUGUAGUGUAUAUGGAAAGAUUGUUCGUAACUGGUGUUCUGGAUGAACUAAGGGUCUGUUUUAGCUGUAGUUUUCAAAGCAAUCAAAGUUUAAAGAAAAUGCUGGUCAGCCAUGAAAACCGUCUAUUUGAGUUUCGAGCAAUUGGUGGCCAAGUGGAGCUUUCCAUGAGGGAGAAAAAUAUUUUUAUUGGAACUGUCUUAAAGUCACUGGAAAUUGAAGAUCAAUUUUGCUAUGAGGGAGGAAGAACACCCAGAUAUAUUGCAAGAUCAUUUAUCAAUAGUGAAGAAGCCACAGCAUUGCAUAACUUGUCAUCCUUUACCGAUAUUGGUGCAGAUAAAGUCAAAAACAACUCUUUUAAGAAAAGUGACAGUGAAAAGUUUUUCGAAGCAUUGGAUGAUCUGGAUGAUCUUGUUGACAAUUUCAGUGGCCAAGAUUCCUUUCCGUCUCCAAAGCUUUCCUUAAAACCUCCUAGUUUUUGUAGAAUCCCUGGUUUAACACCUGAUGCUGAGAACUGGAGCUUGAACUUGAAUAGAAAUGAUAUAUUGGAUAGUUUUGUGAAAGCUCAGAUAAUAAUAUAUGAUCAAAGUUCUUCUCACUAUAAUAAUUUGGAUAACAAGGUAAUGGUUACUCUUGCCACACUGUCCUUUUUCUUUCAUCGGCCGACUAUACUGGCGACUUUGGAGUUUUUUAAUGCUAUAAACAUUUCGGAGGAAAAUGACAAUGCCGACGAAAUCAUUCAGAAGACACCUCUAGACAGGUCAUCACAAAGUGUUCUCCCUAAUGAGGCCAAUACAACUAUUUUUGAAGAGUCUAAAGUCAAAGGAUUACUUGGUAGUGGUAAAACCAGAAUUAUUUUUCAUCUAACAUUAAAUAUGGCCAUGGCACAAAUUUUCUUGAUGAAUGAGGAUGGGACUUCAUUUGCUACAUUAUCGCAGAAUAAUUUGCUCACUGAUAUUAAGGUGUUCCCUUCUUCAUUUAGUAUAAAAGCUGCACUUGGAAACCUGAAAAUUAGUGAUGACAGUGUUCCUAGCAAUCAUCCCUACUUCUGGGUUUGUGAUAUGAGAGAUCCGGGAGGGAGUUCAUUUGUUGAGCUUAAUUUUAGUUCAUUCAGCACAGAUGAUGAUGACUACAUGGGUUAUGACUACAGUCUAACAGGACAGUUUUCUGAAGUACGGAUUGUUUACUUGAACCGUUUUGUGCAGGAGGUUAUUAGUUACUUUAUGGGGCUACUACCUAGCAAUGCAGAGGGUGUUGUUAAGCUGAAAGAUCAAGUAACUAACUCCGAAAAGUGGGUUAGCAAGACUGAAAUUGAAGGAUCUACAGCUAUCAAGUUGGAUCUGUCACUCAGUAGACCAAUAAUUUUGAUGCCACGUCAUACAAAAAGCUUGGACUAUUUGGAGCUUGAUGUGCUUCAAAUUACUGUCCACAACUCAUUUCAAUGGCUUGGUGAAGAUAAGACUGAGAUGAGUGCUGUCCACCAGGAGACAAUGUUUAUCAAAGUAAAGGACAUCAACUUGACAGUUGGUAUCGGGAUGAAGUCUGGUGAAACUAUCAUCCAAGAUGUUGAAGGACUAUCUGUAGUAAUCCAGAGAUCCCUGCGUGAUUUGUUGCAUCAAAUUCCAAGCACAGAAGCUCUUAUUAAGAUACAAGUUCUAAAAGCUGCUUUGUCUAACCGAGAGUACGAUGUAAUUACAGAAUGUGCAUCAUCUAACUUCUCUGAGACUCCACAUGUUGUGCCUUCUCUGGAAAAAAUAUUUGGAACAUCUGAAAAUGAUGUUUUGCUAACUUCAGCAUCACCUUCAAGUGCUGUUGGGUUUCUCCAAGAACGCCAGCAUAAAGGAACAUGGAUAACAAUGAAAGUUUCAGUUGCCAUAGAUCUAGUUGAGCUCUUGUUGCAUUCAGGGAUGUCAAGAGAUUCACCUUUAGCAAGUAUUCAGGCAAGUGGAGCUUGGCUUCUGUACAAAUCUAAUGCAUCAGAGGAGAGUUUUAUUUUUGCAACCCUUAAAGGGUUCUCUGUCACUGAUGAGCGUGAAGGAGUCAAGGAAGAAUUCAGGCUUGCCAUAGGAAAGUCUCGGACAAUUGAAUACACAUCUUUUGACAAUGGUGAUGAUGAUGAUAUUCGGUCAUUGGUUGAUAAUGGAGGAGAAAAAGUAAAAGAGAGAGAUGAUUUAGAACCAGUGCCUUCUAUGCUUAUUUUUGAUGCCACCUUAAUGAAGUCCUCAACAAGUGUAUCUUUCUAUAUCCAGAGACCAAAGCUUCUUGUCGCUCUUGACUUCUUACUAGCUGUUACUGAGUUCUUUGCUCCUUCAGUUCGCAACAUGCUGUCAAAUGAGGAAGAUGCAGGUCCUUUAAAUAUGGCAGGAACUAUUAUUCUUGAUCAUCCGAUUUAUACUCAACCAUUACAUUCAUAUUCCCUGUCACCUCAGAAACCCUUGAUUGUUGAUGAUGAAAGGUUUGACCAUUUCAUAUAUGAUGGAAAAGGUGGCAACUUAUUUUUAAAUGAUAGAGCAGGGAAAGUUCUCUCAUACCCUAGCCCUGAAGUUAUCAUUUUUGUGGGAUGUGGCAAGAGACUACAAUUCAAAAAUGUCACUAUAAUGAAUGGUGAGUAUUUGGAUUCUUCUAUAUGCCUUGGAGCCAAUAGCAGCUAUUCAGCUUCGGCAGAUGACAGUGUCUUCCUUGAAAGAUGGAAUGAAGGUGAUUCUAUAGAUUCUCACGAGGAAACGGUGGUCAGUGAAGUUCUUAAACCUGUUGCCAGUGGGUCAACAGAAAUCAUCAUUGACCUCCAGGCUAUUGGGCCAGAACUCACAUUCUAUAGCACCUCAAAAGAUGUUGGUGAAUCAUUGAUCCUGUCAAAGAAAGUUAUUCAUGCCAAUUUGGAUAUACUUUGCAGGCUUGUAACAAAGGGUGACAGCUUUGAAAUGAGUGGAAAUGUCCUUGGUCUUAAAGUGGAGAGUAAUGGAAUCACGGUGUUGGAGCCUUUUGAUACCUGUUUGAAAUUUUCAAAUGCAUCUGGGAAAACAAACAUACAUUUUGCUGUAUCUGAUAUAGUUAUGAAUUUUUCCUUCAGCAUCCUGAAACUUUUCUUAGCUGUCGAGGAAGAUAUUUUAGCAUUUUUAAGGAUGUCAUCUAAGAAAGUGUUGGUCAUCUGUUCUCAAUUUGACAAGGUUGCUUCAGUAAAUGGUUACAAUCAUACAUAUACUUUCUGGAGGCCACAGGCACCAUCUGGAUAUGCUGUCCUUGGGGACUGCUUGACUCCCCGGAAUCAACCACCUUCAAAGGGAGUUGUUGCUUUGAACACCAGCUUUGUGAGAGUGAAGAGGCCUUUGUCCUAUAAGUUAGUAUGGAGAAUUGGUCCUCAUUGUACUGAUAUAGGCCAAUAUGACGGUACAAGCCAUUUAUUGAAUAAUGGAGAUGGUGGGCAGAAUGGUGGUUUCUCUGUUUGGUUCCCUGUAGCUCCUAGAGGCUAUGUUGCAGUGGGUUGUGUAGUUUCAUCUGGAAGUGCAGAACCACCACUAUCUGCUGGUUUGUGUGUUUUGGCUUCUUUGGUUUCUCCAUCCUCCUUCAAGGACUGUAUUGCACUCAAUUUAAAUAAUCCGAAUAAUGCAGAUAUUGCAUUUUGGCGAGUGGAGAAUUCUUUGGGUUCCUUUUUACCUGCAAAUCCAAACAGCACGAAUUUGAUCGGUAAAGCUUAUGAGCUACGUCAUGUGCUCUUUCGUAAUUCAGAUACUUUUAUUGAAGAUUCUAAAAGUUCCAGAGUCCAAACGACAAUAAAUGAUGAUGGUUCUCGGCUGGAAAGAGCUGAAUUAUUGACAUCUGGUCGCUUAUUUGAAGCUGUGGCAAAUUUUAAAUUGAUAUGGUGGAACCAAGGCACAUCCUUCCGGAAAAAACUCUCAAUAUGGCGACCAGUCGUUUCACCUGGAAUGGUUUUCCUUGGUGACAUUGCUGUUCAAGGCUAUGAAAAACCAAAUUCAGCUGUUGUUCUUCGUGAUCCUGGAGAUGAAUCUUUUCUGAAAGCCCCUCAAGAUUUUCAACUCAUUGGCCGCAUCAAGAAGCAAAAGGGUGCUGAAAGUAUCACUUUCUGGUUACCUAUACCUCCUCCAGGUUUUGUUGCAUUAGGAUGUGUUGCAUCUAGGGGAUCACCUAAGACUGAUGACAUUGGCUCUUUAAGAUGCAUUCGCAGUGAUAUGGUAGCAGGAGACCAGUUUGCUGAUGAAAGCAUAUGGGAUACUUCCGAAACAAGGAUGUCAGAACAUUUUAGCUUGUGGAGUAUAGGCAAUGAUCUGGGCACAUUCCUCGUAAGAAAUGGAUAUAGAAAGCCCCCAAGAAGAUUUGCAUUAAAACUUGCAGGAUCAACUUUAUCCAGUGGCUCAGAUAACACCGUGAUCGAUGCAGAAAUAAAAACUAUAUCUGCAGCAGUAUUUGAUGAUUAUGGAGGACUGAUGGUUCCACUGUUCAAUGUUUGCUUGGAUAAAGUUGCAUUUAGCCUACAUGGGAGACCAGAUUAUUUAAAUUCGACUAUGAGUUUCUUCUUGGCUGCAAGAUCAUACAAUGACAAAUAUGAUGUAUGGGAGCCCUUCAUUGAACCCAUGGAUGGGUUUAUAAGGUAUCAGUAUGAUCUAAAUGCACCAGGUGCUGCCACACAGCUUCGUAUGACAUCUACACAGGAUCUUAAUCUGAACAUCUCUGUUUCUAAUGCAAAUAUGCUGAUUCAAGCUUAUUCAAGCUGGAAUUAUCUUAAUCAUAUUGAUGAAUCGUAUAAAAAGAUAGAAUCAGUUCCUUCUGCUUUUGGUGAAAGUUCUAUCAUUGAUAUUCAUCACAAAGGUGACUACUAUAUCAUACCGCAAAACAAGCUUGGCCAAGACAUAUAUAUAAGAGGUACUGGACACAUGAGGCCUUCAAGCAUCAUCAAAAUGCCAUCAAGAGACAAUAAACCUGUAAAAGUUCCAGCACCUAAAAAUAUGCUGAAUUCUCAUUUGAAAGGGAAGACGAGUACAAUAUCUAGGUCAUUGGUGACCAUAAUUAUUGCUGAUGCUGAGUUAACAACACCCGAGGGGAUAGGUACUGGUGAGUACAUGAUAGCCGUUCGCCUUUAUAUAGAUCAUCCUGCUGUGUCACCUCUGCGACAACAAAGUGCCCGUACAUCUGGUGUUUUGACCAAGCAUUCUUCCUCAAGCAUCACCACAGUGAAUUGGCAUGAAAUAUUUUCCUUCAAAAUUGAUUCCACGGAAAAUUACAUUCUGGAGUUUAUUGUAGUUGACCUGGGAAGAGGAGAGCCAGUAGGAAUCCAUACAGCCUGUUUAAAGCAAAUGGCACAUGAACUCCCGCCUGGUUUAAGUUCAUAUGAUUCUAAAUGUCAUUUUUCCUGGAAGGAACUUUCAUCCGCCAAAACAUUAGAUUGUCAAAGUGACAGACAGAGUAAAUUCCAGGGGAGAAUAAGAUGUGCCAUACUACUGCCCAUGGAACCUGAAAGUAAAAAUGACGACCAUGAGAGUGCCAUUACCAACAAAGCUGGAUUUAUUCAAAUCAGUCCAACAAGGGAAGGACCUUGGACAAUUAUGAGGUUGAAUUAUGCUGCUCCUGCAGCAUGUUGGAGGUUUGGUAAUGAUGUUGUUGCUAGUGAAGUAUCUGUCAAAAAUGGUAACAGAUAUGUUGAAAUUCGGUCUCUGGUAUCAGUCACUAAUAAUACUGACUUCUUCAUUGACCUGUGCUUAAAAUCCAACUCUUCUUCUGAAUAUUCAAGAUCAGCAGAUGAAGAAAUUAACAUUCCUGAUAGGGGAUUUCAUGUCAACAAAUUUGAAAUGGAAGAGUUCUUUGAGAUAGAGAAGAAUGAUCCAUUAGUUGGUUGGAUAAGUUGUUCUUCACGCAUUCCAUUUGCCAGUCAUCCUAAGCAAUUCUCUUCAUAUGGUGAAAAUCAGGGACCAUCUGUUGUUGAACUGCCAGAUGACUGGGAGUGGACUGACGAUUGGCAUGUGGAUACAAGUUCUGUAGUCACGGCUGAUGGUUGGGUUUACGCUUCAGAUAUUGAACAUUUGAAGUGGCCUGAAUCAUCAAAAGAAUUGAAUUCUGAUAAUUAUGCAAGGCAAAGAAAGUGGAUCAGGCAUAGGAAAUAUGUGCCAUUCAAGGAAAAUAAAGAAAUAUCUGUUGGGUUAUUAAAAGCAGGUGAUACUAUUCCACUUCCAUUACCAGGCUUGUCAAAUCCUGUUGUGUCAUAUAUCAUGCAGUUAAGACCACAGAAUUCUAAAGAUGAGAAGGAAUACAGUUGGAGCAUUGUUCUGGACAAACAUUAUCAAACUGAGAUUUCUGGGGGACAUGAGGAUUCGCCUGAGAUAUGUGUAUCAGCUCUUAAUGAGUGUGAUGUGCUCUUGUUUUGCUCUCAAAAGGCAGGGACUUCUUCAGAUCAUUCUGAAGGUUUGUGGUUUUGUGUGAGUAUCAAGGCCAAAGAGAUUGGCAAAGAUAUCAACUCAGUUCCCAUAAAUGACUGGAAUCUUAUUAUCAAUUCUCCUAUAUCCUUAGCCAAUUACCUUCCCCUUUCUGCUAAAUAUACAGUAACUGCUAAUAAGUUGAGUGGUGAACAAAUAACUUGCUCUCAAGGCAAUCUUGGACCAGGUGAAACCGUCAAGAUUCACAGUGCUGAUCUGCGAGAUCCACUGUACAUGUCACUACUUCCAGAAGGAGAAUGGCAAUCUGAACAUGAACCUGUGCCUAUAUCACAUCCAAGCAAAUUGCCAUCAAAGGUGAUAAAUCUAAAAAAUUCUUUAUCAGAAAGGAUUGUUCAGGUCAUUCUUGAGCAGAACUAUGGCAAGGAAUGUUUGGUAGCUAGAGUAAUUAGAAUAUAUGCUCCUUAUUGGAUUUCAAGUGCACGAUGUCCGCCACUUAAUUUGAGGUUUAUGGCCCUGCCAGGGACAAGAGAUGGAACACAUUUUCUUGUUUCAUUUCGUUCUUAUGUGAAAACAGAGAAACUACUUUGGGAAAUUACUGAGGAAGAAAUGGUUGGUGGAUACACAAUAGCUUCUUUUCUAAACUUCAAACUAUUAGGAUUAUCUGCAUCAAUAAGUGGACCUAGCAAGGAGUGCUUUGGACCAGUUAAAGAUCUGUCCCCUCUUGGUGACAUGGAUGGAUUAAUUGAUCUUUACGCUUAUGACACUGAUGGUAAAUGCAUGAGGAUGCUUAUUUCCUCAAAACCAUCCCCUUAUCAAUCUGUUCCGACAAAGGUUAUUUUUAUUCGUCCAUACAUGACAUUCACAAACAGGAUUGGAGAAGAUAUAUUCCUUAAGUUCAACAUUGCAGAUCAGCCUAAGAUUUUACAUGCAUCCGAUUCAAGAGUGUCCUUUCUUUAUUCUGAAGCAGGAGGACCAGAUAAGCUCCUAGUCCAACUGGAAGACACAGAUUGGUCCUUUCCAUUGGAAAUUGUAAAAGAAGAAACCAUCACUGUUGUGCUGAGGAAGCAUCAUGGUGGUAGGAGUUUUAUAAGGGCUGAAAUUCGUGGUUAUGAAGAAGGUUCACGUUUUUUGGUUGUUUUUCGUCUAGGAUCGUCAUAUGGCCCUCUUAGAAUGGAAAAUAGGACGGCUAGUACAAAAAUUAAAAUUCGGCAGUCCGGCUUAGAUGAGAAUGGCUGGAUCUUCUUGGAACCACUUUCAACUGCAAAGUUCUCAUGGGAUGAUCCAUACGGGCAGAAAUUUAUUGAUGUCUGUGUCAUUAGUCAUCAGGAAACUUACAUCCAAAAUGUCAGCUUGGAAAUGGAAACGAAUAGUUCUAAAGAUUUGCAAGCACUGGGUAUUCAGAUUAUUGUCGUUGAAAUGGGAGAUUACAAGAUUGUGCGGUUAAUUGAUUACAAAACAAUGACAACAGAUUCACGGGAAAGGACAGAUUCUGUACUAUUUAUGAGAUGGGGUACUUCCUCUCUUCAGAAAGAGCCUCAUAAUGGCACAGCUCCAUUGGAACUUAUAAUGGAACUGGGGGUUGUGGGGGUCUCACUUAUAGAUCAUAGACCAAAAGAGUUGUUAUAUUUUUACUUGGAGAGGGUAUAUAUGUCAUAUUUGUCAGGAUUUGAUGCUGGAACAACAAGCAGGUUCAAGCUUAUUUUUGGUUAUUUACAACUUGAUAAUCAGCUCCCACUAACAGUGAUGCCCGUUCUUUUGGCCCCUGAGGAUAUGCCUGACAGAAAGCAUCCAGUCUUUAAAACAACCAUUAUGAAAAGCAACGAGGCUUCAGAUGGCACUCAAGUCUAUCCAUAUGUUUACAUCCGGGUAACAGAAAAACUCUGGAGAUUGAAUAUUCAUGAGCCAAUUAUAUGGGCAUUGGCAAAUUUUUACAAGAGUAUCCGUGUAGAUAGUAUUCCUGGAAGCUCCGGCACUGCACAAGUUGAUCCAGAGAUUCAACUAGAAUUGAUAGACGUUUCGGAGAUAAAGUUGAAGUUAUCUUUGGAGACUGCACCAUCUCAACGACCACCAGGUGUCCUGGGCGUGUGGAGCCCCAUACUGUCUGCUGUGGGGAAUGCAUUUAAAAUUCAGGUGCACCUUAGGAAAGUUGUCCAUAGGAGCAGAUACAUGAGAAAGAGUUCCAUCAUUCCUGCUAUUGCUAAUCGCAUAAAAAGGGAUCUUAUCCACAAUCCUCUACAUCUGAUCUUUUCCGUCGAUGUGCUUGGUAUGACAAAAUCAACUUUGGCAUCACUUAGUAAAGGUUUUGCAGAGCUUUCAACUGAUGGACAGUUCCUUCAACUGCGAUCAAAGCAGGUGUCAUCAAGGAGAAUUACUAGUGUACGUGAUGGAAUUCUUCAAGGAACAGAAGCUCUUGCACAAGGUGUAGCUUUUGGAGUGUCUGGUGUGUUGAGAAAACCUGUUGAGAGUGCUAGGCAACAUGGUCUCCUUGGUCUUGCUCAUGGACUUGGGCAUGCUUUCCUUGGGUUUGUUGUUCAACCAUUGAGUGGAGCACUGGAUUUUGUCUCGUUAACGGUUGAUGGCAUUGGUGCCAGCUUUAGUAGAUGUUUAGAGAUCUUAAACAACAAGGCAAUAGUUCAGAGGGUAAGAAAUCCUCGUGCCAUUCAUGCAGAUGGUGUUAUCAGAGAGUACAGUGAACGAGAAGCUAUCGGACAGAUGAUCCUCUAUUUGGCAGAAGCUAGUAGGCACCUGGGCUGCACUGAUCUUUUCAAAGAACCUUCAAAGUAUGCAUGGUCUGAUUUCUACGUAGACCAUUACAUUGUUCCAUACCAAAGGAUUGUUCUAAUAACAAAUAAACGCAUCAUGCUGCUCCAGUGUUUGUCUUUAGAUAAACUAGACAAAAGACCGUGCAAGAUACUUUGGGAUGUUCCCUGGGAUGAUCUCCUUGCAAUAGAAUUGGCAAAGGCAGGAUAUGAUAAACCUUCUCACUUGAUCAUUCAUCUCAAAAACUUUAGGCGGUCAGAAAGUUUUGCACGACUCAUAAGGUGCAACAUUGGGGAAGAUGAAGAGCAAGAACCUCAGGCAGUCAUUUUAUGUUCCACUCUUCGAAGGACAUGGAAAGCACACCAAACAAAUAAAAAGAUUUUAGUUCUAAAGGUUCCUUCGAGCCAACGGCGUGUACAGUUUGCUUGGGAUGAAUCAGAAGGGCGGGAGUCUCGUAGCCUGAUCAGGCCUUUUAUAAAACCAAGAGGAAGUUCAAUAUCUGACGAGAGGAGAUUCAUAAAGCAUAGUGUUAAUUUUAGACAGAUCUGGAGCAGCGAACAAGAAAGUAAAAGUCGAUGCACUUUGUUCCCAAAGCAGGUUGUUGAUGAUGGCACAAUCUGUAGCAUUUGGAGGCCCCUUUGUCCUGAUGGAUAUGUUUCCGUUGGGGACAUAGCCCAUGUCGGCGGUCAUCCACCAACUGUUGCUGCUGUCUACCGUGACUCUGAUCGGAAUUUUGCACUUCCUGUGGGCUAUGACCUGGUAUGGAGGAACUGUGCUGAGGACUAUGCUGCUCCUCUGACAGUUUGGCUACCACGAGCACCAGAGGGAUAUGUUGCAGUUGGAUGUGUGGCGGUGGCUGCGUACGAGGAACCACUGCUUAAUUCCGCAUACUGUGUGAGUGAAGGGAUAGCUGAGGAGGCACUAUUCGAGGAGCAAAUUGUGUGGAUGGCUCCAGAUUCUUAUCCGUGGUCUUGUUACAUAUACCAAGUCCAAAGUGCGGCCCUUCAGUUAAUGGCGUUGCGACAGCCAAAAGAAGAGUCCGAAUGGAUGCCUAUGAGAGUCUGUGACUAUCAUCAGUCUUCGCAAGCAUUGGAAAUUGCACAGGAUGAAAGUUUGAGUUCGAGAGGAAAAAUAGUAAAGGAGGUUGGCUGAUUGAACAGUGUCAAGAGGUAAGAAUAUAUAUAUAAUUGUACGCGGCAUGUGAUUUGGAGAAAUUUCUUUCAGCCAACACUAAGUGUAACACAAAAACCGUGAUAAAAGCAUCGUGGCGAUCGCGUGGUGUUGGUUCUCCCUUCCCUACUAGCGUAACACGGAACCCGCUGCCCCUGCUAGCCAGCAUAACUUUGUACGCUAGUAGUGUCAGCCAAUCAGCCUUUGUACUCUUUUUUUUUUUUUGUAUAGUAGAAUUUGGCACCAGCUUUACAGGAUUGAUGUCAAAUCGAGAAUUUGCUCAUCCUGGAUUAAUGUGGAUGGACUGACGCUUUAAUAUCGAUGUUUUAUAUGUAAUUUUAUUUUCUUGAAUUUGUAGAUUUCUUCUAAAGCUAAUCAGGCAGUGCAAACGGGGCGCCCCCAUUUGUGUUUUCUCUA